CUUCCACACUUGCUGAGUGGAGGGGGUUUGGUGGGAGCCAGAAUGUGACACACACCACCAGAUCUGUAGAGAAUCCAGUCAAAUUCAAGCAGUUAAACCAGAAAGGAGGACUGUGUUUGUUUGUUUGUUUUUUUGUGCGCGUGUGCUCCGUUUAUUAUUAUUAUUAUUAUUGUUUUUUGAUUCUAGCGCGCGCUCCAGCACGAGACAUGAACGUGAACGAUGCCAAGGAGUAUCUCUCCAGGAGAGAAAUCCCCCAGCUGAUGGAGAGUUUGCUGACGGGACUGAUGUAUUACCGGCCAGAUGAUCCCAUCGAGUACAUGGAGCUGUGCCUGAAGAAGGUUCGAGAGCUCGGUGGGACUGAAAAAGUGAGGUGGGACACGUUUGUUGGACAGGAGAAGAAGUCCUUGCCGCCACUCAAUGGAGGCCAAUCGCGACGGUCUUUUUUCCGCAACGUGUUACCAGACAGGUACGAGCGCCUGCCACCAAUCCACCAGUUCUCUAUCGAGAGCGACUCGGAUUUGUCUGAAACAGCAGAGCUGAUCGAAGAGUACGAAGUCUUUGACCCGUCCAGACCACGGCCCAAAGUCAUCCUCAUCAUCGGUGGGCCGGGCAGCGGUAAAGGCACACAGAGCCUGAAGAUCGCAGAGCGCUACGGCUUCGAAUAUGUCUCCGUGGGUGAACUGCUGCGAAAGAAGAUGAUCCACAAUGCAACCAGCAACAGGAAGUGGAGUCUGAUCGCACGGAUCAUUACUAACGGUGAACUGGCGCCUCAGGAGACGACCAUCACGGAGAUCAAGCAGAAGAUCAUGAAGCUGCCGGACGCCAGUGGAAUCGUCAUCGACGGCUUUCCUCGGGAUGUGGCGCAGGCGCUCUCUUUCGAAGAUCAGAUUUGUACUCCAGACCUGGUGGUGUUCCUGGCCUGCUCUAACCAGCGCUUAAAGGAGCGUUUGGAGAAGCGAGCGGAGCAGCAGGGACGGCCGGAUGAUAACCCCAAAGCCACCGAGCGACGCCUCGCCAACUUCAAACAGAAUGCAGUGCCACUGGUGAAGUACUUCCAGGAGAAAGGCCUCAUCGUUACGCUGGACGCAGACCGAGACGAAGAGGAAGUCUUCUCAGACAUCAGCAUGAUGGUGGACAACAAGCUGUUCCCCACCAAAGAACCUGUAGCAGGCCCGAGCGAGCUGGACCUGAGUGUGCUAGCCGACAGCACCAGCCUCGACGGUCCCUCCAGAUUUGACGAGCAGGCUAUUGAGGAGGCAGUGGAGGAGGAUGAGGAGGAAGAGGCGGAGGAGGCGGCCGGGUACGGAGCAGGAACGGCGGAAUGUUUGCCCCUGGAGAAGAGGAAACCAAAGGUCAUCUUCGUGAUCGGGGGUCCUGGCUCAGGCAAAGCGCUGCAGUGUGAGAAGAUGGAGGAACGUUACGGUUUGAAGCGUCUCUGCCCCGGAGACAUGCUUUGCACCGAGCUGCAGUCUCACAGCGAGCGAGGACGCUUCCUCCGAGACCUGCUCGAGACUGGACGGCAACUUCCCGAGGACACGCUGCUGGACCUUCUGUGUGAGUCGAUGGAGUCUACAGUGCGACAGGGGAAAGGAUUCCUGGUCAGUGGCUUCCCACGGGAUCUGAGACAAGCUGAGGAAUACGAUGUCAAGAUGGGCCAGCCCAGCGCCGUCUUACUCCUGGACUGCUCUGCGUCCACCAUGACUCGGCGUCUCCAGCAGAGGACACUGUCCAGCCUGCGCCCCACAGACGGCCGUCACAGAGAAGCUCGUCUCCGUGUGGAGAGUUUCUGCAGCAGCGUGACUCCGGUCGCGUCUCACUACGACUCGCUCAGGCUCCUGCGCAAGAUUGAUGCAGAACAGCCCCCUGAUGAGGUGCUGGAGCAGAUCUGCCUGGUCUUGGACUCCUGCUAAACAGCGGCGGCUGCACUUCUACCAUCACUUGCAUUCCAUCCAUCCAUCCAUCUGCUGCACUUCUACCAUCACUCGCAUUCCAUCCAUCCAUCCAUCCAUCCAGCAUGACAUAAGGAAGGAAAGCUGUGACUUUAUGCUUAAGCCUGUACAUAGCAUUCUGGUUCAACUCGCCUGUGCUAACGCUAGCUCUCUGUAUGAAGUGCUUUAGCGCCAAUGAGCAUGGAACUGACGGAGGGGCGAGAGGCGUCACGUCACAUUGUUUCCCCUCUCUCUUUCUCUCUCUCACUCUCUCUCUCUCUCUCUCUGGCUGGCUGACAAACUCCGCCUCCUUUUUUUUUCACCCGAGUCUCAGCUUGACGACAAAUGGGGGGGGCGUGGCUUGCGACACCUGCCAGCCAAUCAGAACGUGGGACUAAAGACAGAGGCGGGGAAAGGAAGCGCCACAGAUCCACUGUGAGGAGUUUCAGAUCUCUGUUGGAAGAAUUUCCACGUGGAGAUCUGGACAGGGUUCGGGUCAGACGUGGGAUUUUUUCUUAAAACAAAAAGGUUUUCAUUAAAGGUAGAAUUUAACAAAAGACGCUAAACCUCCAUGAGUCUUUCUGAAAACAUGACGGACUUUCAGGGGGACAGGAGAGGAGGACUUUCAGGAAGUUUCUGAUGAUGAUGAUGAAGAAGAAGCAACACUGUGGAAUGUUCCAUGUUUUUAUUUUGAGGUGAAAUAUUAUAACUAGUGAGUGGAGCCCAUGAGGAGGGGGAGGAGGAGGGUAUGAGGUGAAGGGUUUAUUACUGAUCAUGGUGUUACAAUGAAGCUGAUUCAGUGUGGAGAAAUCCAGCGAAUAAACGGACGUGUAAAUUAUCUACUACUCUCUCUCCCUCUGUCUCUCUUCCUCCCUCCGUCUCUCUCUCUUCCUCUGUCUCCUUCCAUCUCUCUCCCUCCCUCUGUCUCUCGCCAUCUCUCUCUCUCUGCAUUAAUGAUCAACAAAACCACUUGCUCUUGGGUAUAGACUCGUUUCCCUUCACAGGCUUUGUAUUUGUAUUUUUCCGUGUCACCGAGUUUCUCACACAAAUCCUGAGAAUCCUUCUGAACGUUCCUUCUGAAAUCAGAUGUUUGUUUGAAAUUAAAUAAUUUCCUACGUUA